UCCCUAUCCCUCGCUUUCUCAUCAACGGACAUUACCUCUCUCAUCACUGUCCCUUACAGAAAGACCAUCUCUCUCUCUCUCUCUCUCUCACUCUCUCACACACACAUACACACACAAAUGGCACCAAAGAAUGAUGGAGCAGCAAAAAAAGUAAUGAACAAAGGAGCAUGGACAUCGGAGGAGGAUCGUAAACUGUCCGAGUACAUUGAAAUCCAUGGUGCAAAGAGGUGGAAAACAGUUGCAGCCAAAUCAGGGUUAAAUCGAUGCGGGAAGAGUUGCAGAUUGAGAUGGUUGAAUUACUUGAGGCCCAACAUCAAGAGGGGCAAUAUAUCUGAUGAUGAAGAGGACUUGAUACUUAGGCUUCAUAGGCUACUUGGCAACAGGUGGUCUUUGAUUGCUGGGAGGCUUCCAGGACGAACAGACAAUGAGAUAAAGAAUUACUGGAAUUCUCAUUUGAGCAAGAAAAUAAAUCAAAAGGAGAAAACACCUGAGGCUUCAACCACACAAAAAACCAUGCAUCAAAAAACUUGUGACCUUGCUCAAGUGGACAAGGAGGGUGCUAGAGGAACUGGGAACUCUGAAUUCAAUUUUGAUGUAAAUGAGUUCUUUGACUUCACAACCGAAGGGUCCUACGGGUUAGAUUGGGUAAACAAAUUUCUUGAGCUUGAUGAAGAUUCUUGGCUCACCGAGAAAAAGUGAGCCUUGUAAUAAUAAUAAUUGUUUUCUCCUUUUAUUUUUUUAAAUUGAGUACAUUGUAUAAGACAAUGUAAUUUUUAUGUAACAUAAAAAUAAAAUUUUCUUAUUGUACCAUAAA